UGAACAACUAUUGGUUUAGGUAAACAGAUCAUUCCGUAAAAAAUCAUCUUAUCUUUUUAGCCACCGCGCCAUGCAAUAACGCCAAUAUCUCAUAUUGUAUAUUGGGCAGUUGUGGAACCGGAAUUCGGUGUGGUUGAGAUAGCAUUCGUUUGAUAAGACAAGUGCAAAGUACAUUUCAUCACUAGACUAGCUGCUCUGGAAGAUGGUGCUGGCCAAGAAAUGGAUAUACGUAAAGCGCCCGGAUGGCGAACCCAAACCGACGGAUUUCUCCAUUGAAGAAGAAGAGCUUCCUGAACUGGAACCCGGAGAUUUUCUCGUUGAAACGUUGUACUUCAGUCUCGAUGCCGGCCUACGUGGGUACAUGGAGAUUGGUAUACUGCCGGUUGGUAGUCCAGUGAUCGGUAUGGCGAUCGCGAAAGUGAUCGAAUCGCGGAACGAAUCGUUUCCGCGUGCUGCACAUGUGUGCGCCCGGAUAGGUUGGUGUACGCAUGCCAUCCUCAAUCCGACCAAGCGCAAAGACCAAACACCCUAUCAGGUGCCCGAGCUGGAGGGAUAUUCUCGCGCGAUCGGGCUUGGUGCGCUCGGUCUGUCCGGCAAUACAGCGUAUUUUGGGUUUCUGGAAAUUUGUAAACCGAAGCAGGGUGAAACGGUGGUCGUAAGUGCGGCUGCUGGUGCGGUCGGACAUUUGGUCGGUCAAAUAGCUAAAACAAUGGGCUGCUAUGUAGUGGGUGUUGCAGGAUCGGAAGAAAAGCUGCGCGUUCUUAAGAAACUCGGUUUUGAUGCCGUUAUAAACUAUCGUGCCGGCUCCGUGCGAGAACAAUUAAUUAAUGCGACACCGAAAGGCGUUGACUGCUACUUUGACAAUGUUGGUGGUGAGCUGACGGAGCUGGUACGCGAACGGAUGAAUCUUUAUGGUCGAAUUUCCGUGUGUGGCACUGUGUCGAGCUACAAUGGAAAACCGGCCCCGGUGACGGAUCCGCAGCGUGAUUUUGUCACCAAGCAACUGCGCCAGGAAGGGUUCGUUGUAUUCCGAUGGCUGAGCAGGUGGCAGGAGGGCAUCACACAAAUGCUAGAGUGGAUCAAGGAGAAAAAGCUGGUGCAUCUAGAAACGGUGUACGAGGGUUUCGAAAACGCACCGGAUGCGUUUAUAAAAAUGCUGCGUGGUGAUAACAUUGGAAAGUCCGUCCUUAGGGUAUAAUAUUCAAAGAAGUUAGCUGCUUUGAAUGUGCGCAUCCAUCGGAACUUAACGGGCUAUUGUAAUCUUUGUAUGGCAAACAUCGUAUAUAUGUUCCCAGUUUUGUUUCUUGUUUUCAUGUGUUCAUAUGAAAAUAAAUUGUUUAA